CGGAACACACGGCAAUAUCGACGAUUACCAUUUGUGAAUAUUGCUGUGGCCGAGAAACGGACACGGUAAAAAGUGAGCGUCAAGUUGAGAUACGAGUGUGAUGUGAACUGAGGGCUUUGUUGGCGUGGCCACGCUAUUAAUCUGGCACCGGCACGUUAUCGACCAACUGCCCAAGGCACGCGCAAUAUAGCGAAGAUAUCGUGUAUGAAACAACCAGCAAUUGGCUGAUUACUAUCCAUCCGUCUUGUCCAGGCUGGCGCCCGAAACCGGCGCGAGAGAUCGAACAUUGACAACGUCCCACGCACAGGUCACGAUCAGAUUGACCCACUGAAAGUGUUUUCCUACCGAACGAGUGUGCGUUUGUGUGUAUGUAAAGGAAAGGUCAAAAUAUGAACGCUGGAGGCGCCCGCGGUUAAUUCGAGAUCAAGCAAACAGAUAGUGUGAAGCAAGGCUACGGUACCGUGUUAUUAUUCCUGGGACAAUAGUGGAACUUACUAUCCCGUUUGAAGUUUGCGUUGUCUGAUGUUGCAUCAAUAGAAAAGAAGGAGAAUAAACUUGAACCUUAAAAGACGAAUGAAUCGAAUGCCGUGGAAAGAAGAUCGUCAGCAAUAGCAGUCGUUACAGGGGAACCAAUGAUUACAUGGUAUUGCUAAGGUAUUGAUUUUCACUAAUGUCAUAGACCAUGCGGAGCCUGUUUUCAUCUAGUGACUUGGAGACGAAACAGCGUCGAACGGGAGAUAGUGAUGUUGAUUGGCCUCUUACAAGAAGUCCUUUUUGAAUCAUUAGUGUUCACGGACGAAUCGUAAACGCUUACUUAUGUAGGCUGAAGAAAAUAUCGAGAAAUCAAAGAAGUAAAAGUUACUAGAAAUGACAAAUCGACCACUCAGAUAAUUAUGAUGUACUGCUUUGAACAGCAGUGUUCGAUCAACGAUGCGCUCUCAGCUGAUAGGAGCAAUACACAUAAAACAAAUUAAAAUUUGUAGAAAUAUCGCAUUCAAGCACGUCUAUACAAUAUCGAGUUUUUCUUACGAAGAAACCGCGCGGCCUUUGAAUGAGCGUAGUCUUGUGCGAACGGUCAGCUGAUUCUUCGUCGUCAUACCGUGUGCCGUCAUUCCUACCUGAAGGUUUGUAAAAUAGGAACAGGAGGUUCUGUGUGAACCGCUCAUUUCUUAACUGAUCUAGCGUUACUUGGAAACCACGUAUAUCUAACGAAAUCCGAAGAUAAGCGAGAUUCUUCAUUCUUUUCAUUUUGUGUCUCUAGUGAGAAUGCUUAUACAUGCAGGAUCUGCUGGGAGCCGUUUGAAAGGAAACGUGAAGAGUAGUUUAGAGCGUCAUGUUAUUAAAUUGGUGGCCCUAGAAAUCUAUGACCAUUCUCUCAAUCUAUGAUAAUGCAGAGUGUGCAGUGUGAUGAUAUCGACGUUGUGCAUGCUAAUUUCAAUAUAUUUUCCUUUAUCUACCUUAACUCGAUCUCUGUGAUGACCUAACGGCGAAAAGGAUAACCGCAUUCAAACUAGCAACAGAACGAAAUCAGAAGAAGUAGCUGAUUGCGCCAUGUGAGCGACGUUCUGAAAUGUUUCGAAAAGGUGGGUCGGCAUCGGAAAAGGGAACGGGACCACCGCGCCAAAUCACGCGGCAACGUGACAGCGAUCUUCGAGUUAAAUAGAAAAGAAGAGUCCAUUCGGCUCUGCGAAGGAACCUAGAAAAAAAUCUACAUUACCAUCACGCACAUCGACGUUUUCGCGAUUACGUCAUCCCCACGUAACAUCGAGGGAGUACGGCAGUCCAAUACGGUGUGGUAUAAACGAACAAAAAAACGGGGCCUUCCGGUUUCCGGCGGCCCAAGCGGCUUUCAUGAAAUCAUCAAACAGCACAAAUACUGCUGCCACAUCACACCCUUACAGGGGAUACGCGUGAUGUUCUUCACACAAAAGCAAAGGUCGAAACAUUACAAUAAGCCUCAUUACCGGGAAUUUGGACCCUUGACACGCCAGAGAAAAGAAGAUUAGUUUACCGCGGACACCGAUGUGUCCAACAUAAAGUAAUUAAGAAGCACACCAAGCCAAUUUCUAUAUCGGCUGUUUACGAGUUCUACACGCGAAGGAGACAAUCUUAUCAAUGAGGCCGUAAAGAAGGCGUCGUCGCCCGUGCGACCGCUUACGAAAUGUCCUUUAGACUAAGUAAACGACGUAUUAGUACGCCGCAUAGCUUACCCCAGCGCUGGGCAUUUUCCACCCAAUCGAUGUUCGUGACGGAUCUCGCUUACCGGAUAGGAAGCAAUGGAUUACAAUUAAAAAGUCGGUGAUCGAAUCUUCAGCUGCUCUAUUCGAACUUUUGCUCGCUGUUCGACUGACGCCUUCGCCGAGUGUGCAAUAUGCAAUAGAUUAUGGCCGCAUUCAAACCAAGAUUAUUAACGGGGUCCGGAACAACGGGCGCAAUCGCUGGCGCUGGUGGCGCUCACACUCCGUCGGUGUGGCGGUCUCGGCUGUGGGCGACGCGUCGCGUGCGACUUCUAUUUACUGUGUGCUUCCUUGUUGCAAUAUGCUUCCUGUUUAGCGCAAGCUAUACCGCGCCGCUUAUCGGCGUGGGUCUCGAGGAGUCAGGAAUGGUCGUUCUAUUGGGAAAUGGCAGCGAUCAAGGAGUAUACUCCUGCAGGCGUAAAGAACACAUUUUUUUCAUGAAGACUCACAAGUGUGCGAGUUCUUCCCUGCAGAAUGUAUUUUUUCGUUACGGGGACAAACACAAUCUCACAAUAGCUUUGCCGUUGACAAAUGCAAACUACUUCGGGCAUCCAGCUUUUUUUAACCGGUCUAUGCUGCAGAUGGAGACUACACACACGCGUCAACCGAUUGUCUACAGUAUAUUCGCGUCACAUACGAGGUUCCAUCAUGGUGAAGUCCGAAAGGUGAUGCCGACAGACACUAUCUAUAUUACCAUUCUAAGAGAUCCAGUGGGUCUCUUCGGUUCGAUGUAUUCGUAUUAUGAUCUUCACACCGCGUACAAACUAUCUCUCCAGGAUCUGGUGCAACAUCAUCCUGACCCAUUAGACCCGAUUCAUCGCAAUCGACGUUACAAUAAGUUCGGACUGAAUCAAAUGGCCUUUGAUUUGGGUUUACCGGUUAAUGCCUUCCGCAAUACGGUCGCCGUUGAUCAGUUCAUACAACGUCUAGAAGAAACAUUCGACCUUGUGCUCAUAGCUGAGAGAAUGUCAGAAUCACUCGUUUUGCUCAGGUACCUGCUAUGUUGGGAUGUAGACGACGUGGUCUUGUUUAAAAAGAACGCUCGAUCGACGUUAUUCAAGAAGAGCGAAGAACAACUCACGCCACGUGACGUCAACACCCUUCGGACGCUUAACGCCGCGGACCAACGAAUUUAUGAUUACUUCAACGCCAAGUUAACGGAAAAAGUAAAACGAUUUGGAGCGCAGCGUAUGGCUGAUGAAAAAGCGUUAUUGGAUACGCGAUCCAAAUACUGGUUUGAAGAGUGCGUCGAGGACGUGAAAAAAGUAGACAACGAGGAGACCGCGAAACGGAUGCACAUCUAUUCCAAAAAGGUGAUGUACUUCGAGGAAAAAGACGGCGCCGAUCCUGAAUGUCAGCGGAUGCUUCGAGAGGAACUCGCCUAUAUAGCGCUGCUACGCGAGAAGCAAUCGUACAUCAAUUACAAUCUUACCAAAGUGACCGGAAAUACCCUUAUAAAGCGGCAUCUUUAGUCGAAAUACAAUCCCCAUUACAAAGUGCGCUUAGGGUGAAAUCAGGUGUGAGUGGCUGCUCUGAGGAAGAGGGCCUUAGACGAAAGGAGGAAGACUUCACACUGUGAUGUCUGUGCGACAUCGUUGUGAGCAUAAGAAAACGUUUCUACGGCAGAGAAAGACAGACGAUCUCAUGUGUAUAGGAUGACCGUAAGAAAUGACAUGUGAUACAAAAUCCCUCUCCAAAUGCGAUACAUACACAGGGCAUGUGGAUUAAAGAGGAGUCUCUCACUAAUGAUGCGAUCCUAACUUGUUUCGAAUUGAAGGUACCAUCUUUCCAAGUCUGUUGCUUAGAACCCGCAACCUGGCUGUAUCUAUACAUUGUCUUGACAGACGUACAUGUCCUUGAUUUCUGGCCUGCUUAGGAUCCAGAGGAAAUUCGAUAUCCAAAUAUCAUACGACUGGGUUUCGGGGUAGUGGUAUGUUAAACUAGGAACUUCUGUGUUAAGAUCUUAGAAAAAUUGUGCGAAUUCAUCACAACCAGGCGUGUUGAUUAGAAGAUGAAGAGCCUCAUAUGUCUGUGCCUAGAUAAUGGCAAAAAUAAUUUGAGAUCACCAAACAUCCAUUGAAGACCAGCAGAGGCAUUGAGAAAUUUUCGACCUGAGACGGGUAUAUAUAUGUAGCACACUAUAUAGCAAAGAUAAAGCCAUAGAAGGUUCAACGAACAGGCAUAAACAGGCCUUCAGCAAAUAACACAGCAAGUAAUCUAUUAAAAAUAAUUGUUAAGUCUCCUUGUAAUUGACAAUUAGUGCAGCAUGCAAUAGAUAAUACGAAUGAAUCGUUUUUAUAGCCAUCUAUUCCAUUUCACCAUAAUAACGUAAAAAAAUCGUUAAAAAUAAGUUUCGGUGAGAAGAAAUUAGCGGCGCUAUGGCAUUAGUGAUCGUAAUACCUCGUGCCAUUGCGUUUCAUAAUGUUUGUAUAAAUGUACGUUCGUAGAUCUUGCGCGAUAUCAAUGUCAGUCCAGCUGUAGUGGACAAAGGAAAAGGAAUUCUCCGUUUUUGGCAUCGAAAAAAUUUGCUGUCCUAAGUAGCUACACAAUACAACAGGUACGACGAUGGCCUUAGAAGGCAACAUUCCAAAACAUUGAGAUAUCCAGAUGAAAACUGGGAAGUAAAGAUGUUGCUAAUAUUUAUAUAACACAGUGACAGUAUAUGUAUACAUAGGAAAUGUAUAUUUUUUUUAAUCAGUUGGGUCGCAUCGCAGAUGGGGCGGUGGUGGAGUUCUAUCGGGGGGAAAGGAGGGUCAAGGAGCGGAUUGUGAUUGUUGUACGAGAAUGAUGACGCCUACUAUCGUUGUUAUUAUUAAUUAUAUUAGUAAAGGUAAAUGAUCCGCAACAAAUUACAGUAGUACACAUUGUACUCUGCGAAUAUAAGUAUCUUUAGCCGAGUAUGCAACAACAGAUUAGAGCAGUAUCGCUAUAGCGUUAGAUGUGGGUUGCGUCGGAAAGGCUCGACCCUGCGCCAGUCAGUUAAGCACGCUCUGUUCUUUAUACUCUGUAGUAUAAAAAGGUGAAUGCAAACAACCCGUCGAACGAAGUAUAGUGAUUCUAUCAGCGGCCCUAAAUGGCCGAAACCACACAGCAACAACGCUGACAACGACAACAAUGCGCGGCGUCUAGAACUGCACGGAAAUAUCAUUGCAAAAAACCGGCUAGGGGAAGAGCAUCGAUGAGAUCUGAACGGUCUAAGCCACUUACAACUUUCCAAAUUAACAGCGAUAAAAUAAACUGUCUUCUAUUAA